AUUGCUUCUGGAUCAUUCCGCGAUUAGGGCAGAGCAAGCGAGGCGGACGAUGGCGAGAUUGGCUUCCCCUUCCACCGCAGCCGUAACUAUUACCCUCGACGAACUGCCUUCGUCUUCUUCGCCUCCGAGGCAGUCGCAGCCGCCGCAGGAGACCCUCGUCCUCCGUCUCCGGCGGCCCAAGAAGAAGGUCACAUGGAAGGAGGGCACAGUUGAUAACGAGUUCCUCAACCGGAAGAGCUCCAAGAAGUGCUGCAUCUUCCACAAGCAGAAGCCCUUCGAUGAGGACGACAGCGACGAGGACGAAGGGCCGCGCGGAGAAGAAGGCGGCAUCCAUGACAGGGCCGGACCUAGCCACCACUGUUGUUCGCAUGAUGGAGGGCACUGAUCCUGGUAAUGGUCACGGCGAAUGCUAUAAAUGCAAGCUACUGCCGUAAAGUCGUCUUGCCUCAAGUAUUGUCGGCUCUCUUUAUCUCGUGGAACCCGCAUUGUUGUACAGAUACUACAUUAUCAUUUUGCAUCCAUUGUUACAAUUUAUGUGCUUAUCCGAUUGAUGUUAAGACCUAUUCGAGUCGCAAUGUGUACUUUUCUUAUUUGGUACCUUCAA